AAAAUUACUUAUCUAAUAGGCUAUCCUUAACAAAUGACGGCAGCUCACAUCCUUUCAGAGUCUAAGACAAAAUGGAAGCAUCUAAUACCUGGAUCACCAUAGUCUUCAUUCUAGUAGUUGGAACCGUUCCCAGCAUCAAGGCGGAAUGUGAAGACUACAGUCCAUGCAUUUGUGGUCAGAACGCUGAAGGCAAUUUGUAUAUCAACUGCAUCGAUGUCUUACCAACAGAUAUUCAAGCUGCUUUUAGCAGAACGACUGCCCUCGAUAUCUACAGCCUAGUGUUGAUCCUUCCAGCAUCCGGAGGAGAUAUUCCAGCUGAUUUGUUAUCGGGCAAACGCGCCCUUUUAAUCGAUUUCAUUGGCCCAAGCAAGGAUUCUUUUCAACUGAUCAUGGAUCCCGGUGCGCUUCGUUCUUCUAGUAGUUACACAAUGCAAUUGGUCAUCUCUAAAUGCAACCUGAUCCAGCUCGACUUUUCUUUUCUGCGGGGCUUUUCGAGAUUGGAGGAACUUCGCUUGGACUAUGUUUCCAAUAUCAAACCAAUUGAAAACCUUCCACCAUUGACAAAUUUGGUUGGAUUAGCCAUUGAUAAUAGCCAGGGAUUUGAAGCUUUAACUGGAUUCCCCGCCGUGGCAUUUUCCCAACUCAAUCACCUCUACUUAUACAACGACGAAUUGAAUGAUUUGGCUACCGGAAUUAUAUUGGAUGCUUUCGUUUCCAGCGCAUCGGCCAACACGUUAGAAGUGCUGACUUUAUCUAAAAACAUGAUUACUCAAGUCCCACAGCAGGUCACUGCGCUACCCAGCAUUCUAAAUUUUGCAUUAAGCAACAACAAUAUUACGUUAAUCACCACUGGUGCGCUUUCUCUGGCCGCCCCGAGCAAAGUUUACCUCAACAAUAUUUCAUUGGACGCAAUUGAAGCUGAUGCUUUCCAAGGAGAUUACAGCUAUGCCGAAAUUGAUUUGACCAACAACAAUCUUGUUUCCUUUGAUUCAUUGGUUUUCAAGCCCAUUUUGACCCAGAUGGCUGGCAUUGCAAAUUCCACUGGCACUAUCAAUCUUGCAAACAAUCCCUUUUCUUGUGACUGUGGACUAGCGUGGCUUAUUCGUGACAAUCCAAAUCUUCUCAAGGCUACAAAUGGAGCAACUUGUGCCAAUACAACCAGAUUCGAAGAUUUGAACCCCGGUGGCUACCUUGAAUGUGGAGUAUUUUAAAGCAAACCUAAAAAUAUAUGUUUUUUGCCAGGUAUAUUACAAAAUUUUGAAGGGUUUGUUUACUGUUCCUUGUUAGUUGCAGGUGACUUUUAGAAAACUAUGAAUUAAUUACCCAACAGGAUUUCCCAUUUUAAGUCACGUUCAAGACAAACCCCACCUGGAUGCUGCAAAAAAGAAUGAAAGCUCAAAUGCGUAAAUGUUCAUAUUAAUACAGGACAUUUGGGAUUGCAUACCUAUACUGGUUGUAUUUAGUUGUACAAUCUCUAAACAAUAAGACACCAAUAUCGUCAGUCACCGCAAAUCGGCUGUAAGAUCAUUUUCAUUCAGGAGCAUGGAUUUUCAUGCUCAACAUGUUAAAGAAUGACGAGCCAUGGCACCCAAACAAAACUUCUAUCACACCAUUUAUGUUUCUGAUUUGUUUUGGUUGUUACAACUUAAAAAAAUUACCCGUUUUGAUAACAAUACAGUUUGCAGCAUACACUA